AUGAUUGUAGCUGGCUCAGACACUACAAUAGUAACCAUGACAUGGACCCUCUCUUUACUGCUCAAUAACAAGGAAGCUCUAAAGAAGAUCCAGCAGGAACUCGACACUCAGAUCGGGAGGGACAGGGAGGUGAACGAAUCAGACCUCAACAACUUACUUUACCUCCAUGCCGUCAUCAAGGAAACCUUAAGACUCUACCCUGCCGCGCCCUUAGCAGUCCCUCAUGAGGCUAUGAAGGAUUGCAAUGUCUUGGGUUACUUCAUCUCGAAGGGAACCCAAAUUAUGCUGAACCUACAUAAGAUACAACGUGACCAGCGUGUUUGGCCCAACCCAUCCGAGUUCAGGCCUGAGAGGUUCCUAACAUCCCACAAGAACAUCGACGUUAGGGGACAAAACUUCGAGCUCAUACCUUUUGGGAGUGGGAGGAGGAUGUGCCCCGGAAUCUCAUUGAGCCUCCAGGUGGUAGGCCUUGCCCUUGCUUCUUUUCUUCAUGCUUUCGAUGUUCAGACGCCGGGGGAUGAGGCAGUUGACAUGGAGGAAGCUAUGGGGCUGACCAAUUUCAAGGCCACCCCUCUCGAAGUUCUCAUCACUCCUCGGAUUCCCAAACACGUGUAUAAUCAGUAAAUGCAUCAUGCCAAGACUUUUGGGCAGACAAAUCAUUCAGUCCGGAGAAGUUUCAAACCAAUCAUGAGCUAUACUGGUUGUUCCGUGCU